AUGUCAUACGGCGACUACUCCUCCUCCCCCAGCUCCCCUGGCGGCAUGUCCACCCGUCGUCUCACAAAUCGGAACACGAACCGCUAUUCUGUCACCGCGCUCUUCUCCAUGGCCGCGGAGCAAGAUGUAGAGGUCGAGGAUGAGCUUGGACGCGCUCAAAAACGACUCCGCGAGCUCAAGUCUCGUAUAUCGGCCCAGUCCAAGCGCAACUUUGUUCUUGAGCGAGAUGUCCGUUUCCUCGAUUCUCGUAUUGGACUGCUCAUUCAGAACCGAAUGGCUCUCGAUGAGCAAAAUGAGGUCGAGAGGCAUCUCGAGGAAGUCGACGCGACAGAAGGCAACCAUCCAGACGACCGCAAGCUCCAGCAAUACUCCAACCUCUUCUUCCUCCUCCAGUCCGAACCCCGCCACAUUGCGAGUCUAUGUCGUCUCGUCUCUUUGACUGAGAUCGACACCCUCCUGCAAACCGUCAUGUUCACGCUCUACGGAAACCAAUACGAGUCACGCGAAGAGCACUUGUUGUUGACAAUGUUUCAGUCCGUGCUCUCAUCACAGUUCGAGACUGCCACCGAGUUCGGCUCUCUCCUCCGCGCGAACACUCCCGUCUCCCGCAUGAUGACCACCUAUACUCGCCGAGGACCCGGUCAGAGCUACUUGAAGAGCGUACUCGCGGAACGCAUCAACAGCCUCAUCGAGCACAAGGACCUCAACCUGGAGAUCAACCCUGUCAAGGUGUACGAGCAGAUGAUUCAGCAGAUCGAGGAGGAGACUGGUACCCUUCCACCCAACCUUCCCCGCGGUGUAGCCCCAGAAAUCGCCCAGGCGAACGCGGAUGUACUAGCCAUCAUCGCGCCUCGGUUGACGAUGCUCAUGGAGAUUGCAAACAGCUUCCUUCUCACUAUCAUGGACAGUCUGGAGAGCGUGCCGUACGGUAUCCGGUGGAUUUGCAAACAGAUCAGGAGUCUUACUAGGAGAAAGUACCCAGACGCGACAGACUAUGCUAUCUGCUCGCUCAUUGGCGGAUUUUUCUUCCUUCGUUUCAUCAACCCCGCCAUCGUGACACCACAAGCAUACAUGCUUGUGGAGGGCGUCCCUGCGAAACACCCUAGACGAACAUUGACGUUGAUUGCCAAGAUGUUGCAAAACCUUGCCAACAAGCCAUCGUAUGCGAAGGAAGCCUACAUGAUUACCCUCAACCCAUUCGUAGAGAACAACAAGGCUCGCAUUAACCAGUUCUUGAACAACCUAUGCGAAGUCGGUGACUUCUACGACACUCUAGAGAUGGACCAAUACAUGGCCCUGUCGAAGAAGGAUCUUCUUAUCCACAUUACUCUCAACGAGUUGUACAACACCCAUUCUCUUAUUCUUCAACAUAUCGAAGUCUUAUCACCAAACGACAAGCAACAUUUGCGCAUCCUCACCGACGAACUUGGUCCAGCGCCCCCUCAAGUCCCCCGGAAGGAGAACCGUACCAUCGAGCUCCCUUUGUACAGUCGAUGGGAGACGCCUGUGCAGGACAUCCUCAUGGAUUCUGUAUCGCCCAGCGAUAUGCUCUAUAUGGAAGCGAAGUCGAUCUUCGUCGCGCUCAUCCGUUCAAUUCCCGGACUUGCCGAGAAGCGCCCCUACAACCUCGCAGCGAUUGCGGAACGUGCGGCAACCACUAAAGACGCAACAUUAGUCCGGAAGGGCAUCAAGGUCAAGGAGAUGCUCCGCGAGCUCGAAGAGCAGAAGAUCGUCGAGCGCGCGGACGGCUACAAGCUCAUGCAGGACGAAGUCUCCGCCGAGCUUGUCCACCUUGGGAACCUGCGCGAGAAAGUCCUGCUGGAGACCAAGAGCCUUGAGGCAGUGUACAAGACGAUUUGCGACCAUAACAACUACCUCCGCGGCCAGCUCGAACAGUACAAGGCUUACCUUCAGAACGUUCGUCUGACGGCGUCCAAGGAGAAGGGCCAGAGCACUGGCGUCGGCGUCGUCACUGUGGGCGGCAAGGAGAAGAAGCCUGCGAAGCCCGUCGUGCACGGGCCGUACCGCUUCACACACGCGCAGCUCGAGAAGGAGGGUAUCAUCGUGGAGAGCAAUGUGCCCGACAACCGGCGACCGAACAUCUACUUCAACUUCACGUCGCCUACGCCGGGGACAUUCAUCAUCGCGCUGCACUACAAGGGCAGAGAGAAGGCGAUCUUGGAGAUGGACCUCAAUAUCGACGAUCUCCUGGAGAAGCAAAAAGACAACAAGCACUUGCUCGACCUCGAGUAUGUCCAGCUCAACGUGCCCAAGGUGCUUGGUCUCCUCAACAAGAUCUUCACCAAGCGAUGA